CAGCCGUGGCGGGGGCGGGGGCGCCGAGCCACGGCCGGGGUGCCCCUGGGGGGGCCGCGCCGUUGCCAGAGCCACACACAUGAGACAUGGAGGAGGAGGGCAAGAAAGGGAAGAAGCCUGGAAUUGUGUCACCAUUUAAGCGAGUUUUUCUAAAAGGAGAAAAGGGUCGGGAUAAGAAGGCCCAUGAGAAGGUCACAGAAAGACGCCCUCUUCAUACUGUGGUGCUAUCUCUGCCUGAUAGAGUUGAACCAGAUAUACUGUUAAAUGACUAUAUUGAAAAGGAAGUGAAGUAUUUAGGCCAAUUAACAUCAAUCCCAGGAUACCUGAAUCCCUCCAGUCGGACUGAAAUUCUGCAUUUCAUAGAUAAUGCGAAGAGGGCUCAUCAGCUCCCUGGGCACUUGACCCAGGAACAUGACGCUGUGAUCAGUCUCUCUGCCUACAACAUAAAGCUGGUGUGGAGAGAUGGAGAAGACAUCAUACUCAGGGUUCCCAUCCAUGACAUUGCAGCAGUUUCCUACAUCCGGGAUGACUCGUCGCACCUAGUGGUGCUGAAAACAGCUCAGGACCCUGGAAUCUCCCCCAGCCAGAGCCUGUGUGCAGAAGGCUCCAAAACCCUCACCUCAGGCUCCCUGUCUGAAAGUGGAGUGGUACCCGUUGAAGCGUGCUGCUUGGUCAUCCUGGCUACAGAGAACAAAGUGGCUGCAGAAGAACUCUGCUCCCUGCUCAGCCAAGUCUUCCAGAUUGUUUACACAGAGUCCACCAUAGACUUCUUAGAUCGAGCGAUAUUUGAUGGGGCCUCUACACCCACCCGCCAACUGUCCCUGCACAGUGAUGACUCUUCUACAAAGGUGGACAUGAAAGAAGCCUAUGAAAGUGAAACAAGUUCUUUCUUGUUUUCAAAAUUGCUGGAUACAGGUGGCACCUCAUCCUCUUCCUUCACACAGCCAUCUCCUCACAUCAAAACAGUCAGCGAGAGUGAGCUGAGCACCACAGCCUCCGAACUCCUGCAAGACUACAUGAUGACGCUGAGAACCAAGCUGUCAUCCCAGGAGAUCCAGCAGUUUGCCAUGCUGCUGCGUGAGUACCGAAAUGGGGCCUCCAUUCAUGAGUUUUGCAUCAAUCUGCGGCAACUUUAUGGAGACAGCAGGAAGUUCCUGUUGCUAGGUCUGAGGCCCUUCAUCCCAGAAAAAGACAACCAACAUUUUGAGAACUUUCUGGAGACAAUUGGAGUAAAGGAUGGCCGAGGCAUCAUCACCGACAGCUUUGGGAGGUACCGGCGGGCAAUGAGCACCACGUCUAACUCGACCACCAAUGGGAAUGGGGCCGCAGGCAGCUCAGACGACCAGUCUGCGCCGUCAGAAGGGGAUGAAUGGGACCGUAUGAUCUCUGACAUCAGCAAUGACAUUGAGGCGCUCGGCUGCAGUAUGGACCAGGAUUCUUCAUGAGGAAAAAGCGUGAGGGAGGGGAGGAGAAACAGCUCUCAGGCCUGGAAGGGGCCUUCCCCUCCUUCUGGCUCACCCUCUCCCGUAGCUGUCAUCCCAGUCCUUCCUCAGAAAAGGUUCUAGGGGACCAGCCAUCAUGUUGAACCCCUUGUUUCCUUCCUUAGUGGUGGGAAGCAGGAUGGUGUCAUUAGAUAGCAUAGGUGAGCUAGGACCCUUCUACUGUGAAGAAAUGAAUGUGUUGUGUGAAGAGGAGGGCUUUUGGGUGCCAGGAAUAUAGGAGAGCUUUGCAAUUGUCCAAACUGUCCAUGUUCCUUGCUCCCACCCACUACCCAGAAAGUUCCUGAGUAGGAGUGUGUCAACCAAGGGAUGGCAGAAGGAUGGGGAAAAGAGCCAACUUUGUGAAGUUGUGGCUCACUUCAGUUCCCCUGGACAGUUUACAGUUUUGCACAUGAUGUUCCUGUUGUAACUCUCAGAGACCUUUUUUGAAAAAUGAAGUUUAUCACAAUGUGAAUAAUUUAAAUCUGUUGUUGUCAGACACAUUUCUAGUCUAAAUGGGGAGGUCGUAUGUGCCAAGAGAAGUACAUUUUAGGUGGUAGGCAGUUCCCCUUUUAAAUGCUUACCAGGGAUGCUGGAGAACUCGACUGGGCUAUGUAGAAUAUGGCAUUGGGGAGUUUUCACUGACUUCUGCCCCCAUCAGUUCACAGCCCUAAUAAGAUCUCAUGGGCCAAAGAGGGGAGCGUGCUCUGUUCACUGAGACUAUCCUGGCCUCUUUUAUAUAUGCCUAGGAGAAACCUAUUCCUGGAGAAUAGGGGCUUGGCCAGAGAGGGGCCAGGUGUGGACUCAUCUGAGUUUGUUGGGUGGUCUCCGUCGCCUUCUCCAGCACAGCAGUUCCCUGGACACCCUGCUGCUUUCCCUAAACCCAGAGGAAGCUGCAGCUGUCGGUGCAAGGAGCUCCUCAUGUCUGGCUUGCUCUGGUUUUCCCUUCUUAGAACUGGGGCUGAGAUAGUGGCAGUCCUGUAGGAUCAAAUGGUCAGGAUUCUCUGAGGGACAAGAGAUAGUAAUAAGUGGAAGACCAAAUCAUGUUCACUUAACUGGGAGGCUUUACCUUUGCAUGAGGUAUAUAAUAUAAUGUACAUGUAGUGUAAAUAUGCUCUUAUAAAGACACUUAUUUUUUUAAUCCAUAUGCCAUACUGAUCCUGGCUUGGGAAGCCAGCCUUCCCAAGGUGGUAGGACUUGCUCUCCUCUUGGCGUAAUAGCCUAAUUCCUUAAUUUAUACUAGGGUUAUAUUUUCUACUCCUUUUUAGAUAAAGCUUCCCAAGACUUUGCCAAGGGACAGUCACAGCUCUGUUUUCAUUCUGGGGUAAAACUGUUAGUGCGCAGCAAAUCCUCUCUGACUCUUUCCCGGAGUGGUUUAGUGUAGAGUCUCAUUCUCAUUCUCCCUUGCCUUCUUCCAUCUAUUUCCUGGCCCUGAUCUCACCAUGUUCCUUCUUCAUCUGUCUCAUUCUCCUGCUUUUGUUCUCUCUUGGGCUUUCUCUUGCCCUGGCCUCCCCCUAUCUCUGCCCAGCCCCCUCCACAUACCCCCCCCCACCUUUUCUUCUCCCCUCCCCCCUCUUUCACAUAUGCAUAUGUUCCUACUGAGCGCCAGUGAGGCUGGUCACAUGACACUGACUUGGCUAGCCAUCUGUGACCUUUAUGUAUGUAAGUUAGCUAUGAGAGGGUCACAGUUUCUACCACCGUGACUCAUUGCUAGAUGGGAAGUUUCUUUGUGAAACUCCUUAGCACAGGCAGGCUAACGCCCAGUCCCCAGCCCAAACCUUUACCUUUUGAAUUCUCAUUCUUGGACAUAGGGUCAUAGAUGUACAGUGGAAAGGGGUCUUAAAGGUCAUCUAAUCCAGGCUUCUUAUUUGUAAAAUGAAGUAUUUGAGGACCAGAGAAGUGAAAUGACUUAUCCAAAGUUACCUAGUCAGUAAGUAGCUAGAGACUGAAUGUAAACCCAGAUCCAGCAUUACUUCUACUUCACCACACCACCUCCCUCUGUGCACCUCAGUGGAUCCUGGAUUCUCAGACCAAUGGAAAACCAGUCCAAGAUGAAGUUCAUGCUUGGGAUGGGGAGGGCAGGGUCACCGUGCGGGGGACCUAGUCUCAGAAACUAAGCCAAGGUAGGGCUGUAGGCAGUAUGGAUGUGUUUCAGUUCUCCCUCCUCUGUUGGGAGGUCAGGCAGGAUUCAUGAGAAUUCUUAUCACAGAUAUGUGCCAGCUCAAUCUCCCUGUUCUGUACCUCCUCUCAGAGACCUUCCUUCCUAACUUCUUGACUUCCUUUCUCUGGGCCCUCUCAAUAGUGGCUACAAUCUCAACCAGCUUUCCCCAAGAUGGAAAGCAUGUCUGCCUAUCAUUUCAGUCUCUAUGCUAAAUCUCACCCAGAAGAUAGAUGUAUAUGAAAUCUAGACUUUAAUUGAGAGCUCUAAUGUGGUAUAUGCUGCACAUUGCAACCCCAGUUCAUCUAUGCAUCCCCACUGACUUCCUGUCUCCGAGCAGCUAUGGCUGGCUAGUCAUCGAUUUCAGUAGGACCUAUGGCACUGACCUAGGAACUCAACCUUCACAGGGAAAAGUGGUGUUGGUACCCAGAGUUUAGGAGAGGGGUCAGCUCUGGAGGAGUGGGAGAAGGGAAAAGGAGAGAGGAGGAAUCAUAAUCCAUUGAACUGCCUAAUCUUUCUGGAAAUGUCUUGGACUCAGCCCUCUCCAGGCCAGAUAGAAGCACCCUAACUCCAGAGUUAUUCAGGUUCAGCUUUGCCUGAGCUAGAGUUUUGUUUUGCUUUUAAAGAUUCCAAAGUUUAUUUAUUUGCUCAAUAUUAACAAAGCAUCAUUAAAAUUUGUCUCAAGAGCUAAAAAACCAAGGAUCUCUAUUCCUACUAAAACAACAGCGCAGGGCAUGCCUUCAUCCCAAGGUAUAACCUGGACCCAUGCCUCUGACCUAACUCAGACUUACAACUAGGUCAAGACUACCAAUAAAGCCUCAUCCCGGUCACCUUCUUGGGAUUAGAGCAGACACCUCUUAUUGAUUUGGGCGGCACCAGACUAACUUCCAACAUAAAUCCCAGAAAGGGGGCAACCUCAACUGUUAUGUCAACAUUUGUGUGGGACUUUUUAGGAUUAUGAGAAUGGCUCUGGGCUCAACAGUUCCAGGCAGCCUGCUCACAACAGAGGCAACAUCUAGAGAGAAGGAAGAUAGUUGGGAAAUGGAGGAGAAGGGAACAACUUUCUCUUUGUUAGGCAAUAAAUAACCAGAAAUGCAAAAGAGUCACUAAAAGCCCUCUCCCUCAGCAGCCUCUAAAGCAGUGCGAGGAUAGCUCCCAGGCUUGGCUGGGGCAGCAGGUGCCCCCUCCUCACUAAUGGGCACAGCCAGAGAAGAAGCUAGUGUUGCUACUGCUGCUCCACCCCUGGGGCCUUGUUCUCCCAGGAGGUGGCUGCAGGGCUAGUCUUUAGAGGGGCAGGGGAAGAGUCCACUUCCUUAACUUUGUGACUGACAGCCCCUGGCCCCCAUCAUACAUCUCUUGCGUAGUCUUGGUAUGGGGGAGAGGCUCAGUCCGGGGGGUCACUUCUGUGGGAACCUCCUGCUUGAAGGAGCCUUCAGAGUCGUGUGUAUUUGUUUUCAGUACUGCUGGAGGCAGCCACUUGCUGUCCUGAGCAAGGAUCUUUCGAUCUUCAAGAAGGUCAUUCAGAGGACAUUUGACUUCUUCAGUACUGACCAUAAAUUCUGCUUCGUUUCCAAGCCAGUUCUUCACCCAAGCUACACUUCUUUCCAUUCCUCAACUCUGGCUCUGUUGUCUUCUCAUGGCUUCCAGUGUCUACGUUUUUCAUCAGCUUCUUUCAUCUGACACACUAACUGUACUCCGGCUUUUCAACAACUAUAUAUCCUGCCUAAGUUUGUAGUCUGUGUGAUCUGUGGAUUCUUUUCACUUCAGAAACUUCAAUCGUUCAUUCAGUUUUUUCUUCAGGUCAGAAAUUUCCCCUUCUAGCCUCUGGAGCCAUUUCUGAUGAUGCUCAUUCCACUGGCUUGGUUGACAUCUUUCUUUGCUGAAUCGAGUAAAAAGAUCAAGUCUUCCUUUUCCUUUUGUAGACUGCCAACUUCCAACUCUAGGCUUUUCAUGUUAUCCUGAGGCUCUUCAGGCACAAAGGAAAGGCAAGGAGAAGUGGGCGGCCAUACAAGGCCACCUUGACUGGGAUACCUUUCACCUCUACCUUCAUCCUUGUCUUAAUGCUGCAGGUCUCUGGGGUCCCUGCCACUGAGAUCUUUCCAAGACCUCCUGGGCUGUCCUCACCCCCACUGCAGCUUUUCACUGUCAAGUUUCAAAUCCCAAAAGUUUUAAAAUCCCAAAGCCCUUUCUCUGGUUGGGGAAGAAGAACAAGAGUAGCAACAAACACCCCAAAAGGCUCCCUCUAGAAUUGAGCUCUUCAGAGAUUGCAACAUGACUGCCCUAGGGGUACAAUUGCAUUGUCGUAUCUGUCCCUUUCUGUAUUACCCACCUCAAGGCUUUGGAGGGGUGGGGUUCAAGUGUUCUUCACAGUGAAUUGGGCAUUUAAUUCUAUUCUCUACAAUUGCCAGCAAGAAGGCACCAACACCAUGAGCUCCAACCCAGCCACUAGCUAGGAUCCUCUAGCCAGACUAGAGCCCCUGGUUGACUGAUGGUGAUCAAUUGUUUCUGUUAUACAGAAUAAUGGGCAAGGAGACUGUCCCUUCCUUCUGCCCAGAACAACAAGGCUGACAGCUCUUUGCUCAGCCCAGAGAUGAGCUUAACCUUAACUGACCAUGGAUAUGCAAUGCCCUCCUAGGGCACGGAAAUGCAAAGGGAAUUGGGGGCAGAGAAUCUUGCCCUUUUGGAGAUUCUGCUUCCCCCAAAGGCUUGAGACGAAGCUGGAUGUCUCUCCUGAUUUAAGCAAAAUAUGAAAAGCCAGUUUGACCUAAUGAAUAAAGUAGAGCAUGGCUGUUCACUCUAGAGAGGAUUCCUCUACUAGCAAGCUUCCUGGUGCAUUGAAGAUAGGCUAUAAUUCACAGAAAUUGGAUUAACACAUGAAGUUUCUAGCACCUAGCAUAGUGCUGGUCACAUGGUAGAUGCUUGCUAGAGACUUUACUUGGGGUGAUCAGGUCAUUGAUGGUGUAGAUGAGGGCCACCUGUAUUCUUGGUGGCCCUUCACCAAAACCCCAGCUUGCUAGGGGCUUCCCCAGAACUUUGGCCAUUAGAAUUGUUAGUGCCUUUGACGUCACCGUGCUGGAAUUAGCGUAUGCUCAGCUGACAAAGCUCAGGCGAUGACAGGUUGGGGGUGAUUUUCCGGAAUCGACUUCAGGGACUUGCCUGUUACAGACCUGUAGCCAUUGUCAUACAUGCUGAGCGACGUGACUCAAGAAGAGCUGCAGUAUUUUUGUAUUGGUAGCCAUGGAUUGUUGGGUCACUGGGAACAAAGUUCUCUGGGUACUGGGCUAUUUGAAUAAUUGUCUUCCUCUCUCCCUGCCCCCAUGUCCUUCCCUGGCCCAGCCUUGUCCAGGACUUGGUCAGUUUCUGAAACUGAAAUUUGUCCCCAGUGCUAUGCCUGGGUAGUGAAGGGGGUGGGGGGGGGGGAGGGCGGGGAUUGGAUGGGAGAGAUGCCUUUAUUUUUUAUAUGGUCUCUAGAUUUAUAUACAAAGGUAAUUUGCCCUAUGGGCUUCUGGGAAUGGGGAUAAAUCAGGGCCCUAGAGUUUGAAAGCACUUCAGUCUCCCCAAGUGGGCUUUGUGCUGGUGAGACUGAGAGGACUUUGGCCCCUGACACAGUCACCUGAGCCAUUAAAAAUGUCCUCAAGCUUUUGUGUGGGAUUGUGGGAGAUGGGGGGCAGCUGUAUGUAUGGCAAGAUGUUCCUCACCUCAUUUGUACGCGGUUUUGUAUGUAUGCUUUCUGUAUGGAGUCUUUGUUACAGGUAAAUAUAUUCCAGCACCCAACCUA